AAAAUGCAGCCAACUAAACCAUGUUGUAAUUCUUUUUGUAUUUCAUUUCUUUGAAUGUUUCUCCCCCCUCCUCUCUCUUUUAACAAUGCCUCUCUCUUUCUCAAAUUCUGAAACCUAAAAACCAUCAAAUUUUCAUUCAAUUUCAAAACCCUAUUUCAUCAAAUCCUUAAUCUUCAACCUCAAUCAAGAUUAACAAAAAAUGGGUGCGUACAGAGCCGACGAUGACUACGAUUACCUAUUCAAGGUUGUUCUGAUCGGAGACUCUGGCGUCGGUAAAUCUAAUCUUUUAUCACGAUUCACAAAAAAUGAAUUCAGUUUGGAAUCAAAAUCCACCAUUGGCGUUGAAUUCGCUACACGUAGCAUCCAUGUUGAUGACAAGAUUGUAAAGGCACAAAUUUGGGAUACCGCAGGACAAGAAAGAUAUCGUGCAAUCACGAGUGCAUAUUAUCGGGGAGCUGUUGGUGCAUUGCUUGUGUACGAUGUUACAAGACAUGUAACUUUCGAAAAUGUGGAGAGAUGGUUAAAGGAACUUCGUGAUCACACAGAUGCCAACAUUGUAAUUAUGCUUGUCGGGAACAAGGCUGAUCUGCGUCACCUGCGUGCCGUAUCCACUGACGACGCUAAGGCAUUUGCUGAAAGAGAAAACACGUUUUUUAUGGAAACAUCUGCCCUCGAGUCAUUGAAUGUUGACAAUUCUUUCACAGAAGUGCUUACUCAAAUAUAUCGAGUUGUUAGUAGGAAGACUCUUGAGAUUGGAGAUGACCCUGCUGCUUUGCCUAAAGGACAGACAAUCAAUGUUGGCAGAGAUGAUGUCUCAGCUGUUAAAAAGGUUGGAUGCUGCUCAGCUUAAUUUGACAGAUAAUAGAAAGGAUCGUCUUCGAAACACAUGGUAUAUCUAUCUGUGCAUGAUUCAACCAAUCCUCAGCAUUUUGAGGUCCAUGUGAAAUGUUUUAAUACCUAAGGUUUUCUUUUCUUUCUUUUUUUUCUGUAUUUUCUUUCCUCAUGUUUUAUCUUUAUUAUUGUCACUUUUUUUUUUACCCAGUGCUGGUUGGUCGUAGGGAUUAUAUCAUUUUACCCUUAGAUAUACGAAAUUACUGUUUGUAUUGAAUUGAAAUUUCAACUAUUCAUUUUAUUAGGUUGAUUGAUGAUUGAUAGUAGACUAUCAUAGUAAACUAUAUCUGCCUUAAACUAUAUCAUAGUAAAUUCUAUCUCGUUGCAAGCUAAAAAAACUUUCAUAUGUAAUGUAAUGUAAUGCCUCCAUUAAUAAUAUAGUACUCAGCAC